AUGAAGCGUCUCCUAUUCCUCUGUGUUCUCGGAGCUACCGUCCUGUUUGGUGACGCCAUUAUUAUGGAAAGAAGAGGUUCAUCUUAUUCCGGCCAUGACUUCUCGUCUUCCUCCUCUUCGUCGGAACCAUCCGACUCUUCUGAAAAGGAUCACGACGGCACGCGCAUAGGAAAACACCAUCAUCAUCAUCAUCGUUAUGCGGCUAAGCCGGAUGAGACGACACCACCUCGAGGACCAAAACGUUGUGAGGACGGAUGGACGACGUUUUACAGACGACCCACAAAUUGGUGCGUCAAGGUACCGGUUCUAAUACUUUGUGCGCUUUCGGAAAAAUCUUACUUUGCAUUUGCAGAUCUUCGUGGCGCAGGGAGCUUACGAUGCGGGCCAGACCUUUUGCUCUCAAUACGGCGCAGUUCUGACCGGUCUUCAAAAUGUGGCCGAACGAUUGCUUCUCGCCAACUUGGCAUUGCCGUUCGUGAAAAGCUCAGGAGCGACUUACGGAUCCACGUGGCUUGGAGCCAAGAGGACUGGACCGGGAGCGUCAUUCGCGUGGACGGAUGGGUACACGAACGGAACCGAGGGAUUCUAUUUUGCACCCCCCCAACCGGACGGUGCUCUUAGAAACGGGUAAGUCUUGUGAUACCAGCCAACACAAGAGUAAUUUUUGAACUACAGUAUUCCCCAAUCAUGUGUGCAACAGUUCAUAGUCACGCCCGCAUGGAAAGCCAAUCCCGGAUGGAACCAGGCUGAUUUGGACGAUUGGGAUUGUGACGUCUCGACGCGAGCACCGCUUUAUCGCCUGUUCGGUUGUGGAAAGAAAGCUAGUGUUGAUUGAAAUUUGCACCUAUUUCAUGAAUGCUAAGCAAUAAUGUGUUAAAGUCUCUGAUUUCAUUUUUAAAAAAUUGGCAGAGAAUUGAGCGCUCAAACGGUCCCCAGAGAGAACCCCCGUUAUUAUUCUGUCUGCUCCACUCACACCCAUUUCAAUACCUCGUGCCUCUCAUAGACCAGUCAGAAGAGCAAGUGGCCGAGUCGAGCAAAAGCAUUUGAAAAAGAAGAGAGCGCGAGAAAGCAGAGAAAAGGUGAUAAUCGAGGGGUGGGGUCUGCGCUUUCUGCUAACGAGCUCCGGCUCAGAAAGAAGUGAGUGCGAGAGGCCGAUGCCCGAGCCUAAUCCCCCUGUUCCGGGCCCGGUUCCGGGUCCAAAUCCGGUUCCGGAUGCCCAUGCUUCGAUCGCCCACCUAGCUACAUGGACCUUCAUCUACUUUAUCAGUCUCUCCGUGUGUUUCGCCCUUCCCGAAUGGGCUGGAUGGAACAUUUCCUUCAUUCUAGUGGUUAGUCAGAAAUCGUCCUUUGUUACCAUAACAUUUUAUUUUCAGUCAACUGGCGUCAUGGCUAUCACCAGCGGCCCGGGCGCCGAACUCGAAAGGCGUAGAACUCUGCUCUACGUGCUCUUCGCCGCAAUGCCAAUUUUCUGGCUACUCAAGGUUGGAGGUCUGCUUAUUGGUGCAUGGGUGAGUACUUAGAACUGGUGCAGAAAUUAUUUGUAUUGACGCCAUCAUUUUCUUUCAGAAUUGUGUGUGAAUCUGUGGGACUAUGAACAAUUGUUUGUAGUUGUUUAGUCAAGUCGAUCACACUUCUUUGUAACACUUUUUCUAGUAAUUUAGUCGUUUUUCAGCCUCUGACUAUCGGCGCAACCGUCUACAAAAUCAAUUGCGAUGGCCACGUGUCGCUGCAAUUCAUCGUGACAUCCAUAAAGACAAAGGCCCUGGAAAUGCACAAAACCUGCAACGAAGUUCUUGGCCAACAGAACUCACACAUUCUUCCCGUUUUCUAUUUGUUCCUAGCCGCCUAUUACGCUGCCGCUCUCGUCAGUCUUCUCAACUUCAGACUGGACAUCUCUGCUCUUUUGGUCAGCUCCGCACGGUCUCCAGAGCUGACAAUAUGGGCGUGGCCUCGGCGGCCAAAUGGCGUUUUAAUGAAUUGAGCAGGUUUUCUGUGAUUUUUGUGGUCAACGGCGACGAAAAAUGAUUGUUCGACAUGAAAACACACUAAUUCGCAGAAUUAAUGACGCUUUGGCGCAUUUUUCGCCGCCGAUCGCCGCCUAAAAACCGCACUUCUCAUUUUGCGCUUUCUUGACCGUUUUCCGACAGAAUUGGUUUUGAGAAUGAUAAAUCACGUGAAUACAAGCAUUUUGAGCGCUCGAACCGCGAAAAUUACCAAAAAGCAACUGAAAUUCACGCAGUUUUAGCCAAAAACCUUCAAACGGAUAAAUGUGAUUUGCGACUUGACCAAAUUUAACGCUCUUGCGCUUAAAAAAUUCGUAAUAGCCUAUACAAUCGGUCUGUCGAGAGGCAAAUGAGAAAUUAUCGGUUUUUUGUGGCUAAUCUGGCAAAAAACACAAAUUUUGCUGUUAAAAUUUGAAUUUCGCGCCAAUGUAUCGCUCUAUUGUAAGCUCUGGAGACCGUGGCUCCUAAUAUUUCCUAUUUUGGCUUUAUAAUUAAGCGUUCAGGUGCUGACAUCUGACCUGUUUUUCACAUGUCUCUUGAGAAUGCGUUUUCUGGAAUUCAUCACUAUCGCCGCUUUCUUCAAGCUCUUCGUCGGUGUUCCGUACGUUCUGUACAUGAGCAGUGGCAUUGGAGCUAUAAGUGUGGUGAGUUUGAGAUCACAGCUCUUAGUAAGAGCUUUAAAAUUAAAAAAAAAACGAAACAUGUUCAGUACUUUUCCUUGUUCGCCCUCACCGUCUCCCUCUCUGUGGCCGUCUAUUUCUACGCGGACAAUCGCAAAAAGACCAGCGCGAUUCGAGCGAUGGAAAUGAGAACAUUGGGAACGAUUGCCGAGGUUCUGGAAGUGAACGCCGACUUUCGCGCAAUGCAAAUCAGAUACCGACGCGCCGUCGCCAACGGAUUCGUGCUCGUCGAUCCGAAAUAA